UGUCAUGCUCGCGCUCCAUUGAUACUGGCUGCAAGUACUAGAGCGUGGAGCGGACUAGGGAAAAACAUAAAGGAAAAACGAAAACAAUCAAGCGGCAACAUUUAAUACAAUAAUGAUAGCGACACAACUGCAGGCACUGGCAUCCCUUCGGUGACAGGCAAGACAUCACAAGGAAGAGGAGGAAGAGCUAGGAGAAGACCGCACAUCUGGGAAGACAUUUAAAAGUAACUAAAGCUUACUUGACCACAGGUAGUUAUCGCGCAUCAAAAAAUAUCAUAGUGCAGGUCAUGCGGAUAUCUCCGGGUGGAGAUCGAGCUGUGUUUCAUUGCUAGUAGAGUUCUUCUUGGGAAGAAGAUCACUUCUUUUCAGCUGAACAAGAACAGGGGAAAGCCAUGUCCAGAAGAAAGCAGAGCAAACCCCGGCAGAUCAAACGUUCUAUUGGCGACCUGGAGGGUGGUGAGGACAACGCACCUGACGACGUCAGCCUAUCAGGCGAUGAGGGCGGAGCCUCGGACUCAGCAGAAUGUGACAGCUCCAGUACACCACCAUAUACCCCCCUGUACAAUGAAGAGCCAAGGACACAUGAAUCCCUUUGUGCACCUGAUGAUGAUGAGGAUGAGGAGGAGGAGAAAGGUCCAACACACACUGAGGAGGAGAUGGAAGAGGAGGAAGACUGUCUACAUUGGAGGGGUCCAGAUGAUCUGGAGCUGAGUGAUGAUGCUGCUUACCCCAAGGUCCUGGCCUGCAGGGACCUCACCACCGACACAUUAUGGGGGCCAUACGCUGGGAUCGUCCAAACAGAAGAUGCGGGAGAUGACCAGGAGUCAGAGAUCUCCAGGUUGAGCCUGGUGUGUGAGGACACAGACUGCUGGCUCCGUAGAGUCCUGUUAACCUCUGAUGCAACAGAUACCAACUGUACCAUCUACAGCCAAGGUGAAGAGCUGUAUUGUAAGGUAACCCAGGACAUCUCCACAGGGGACGGUCUGCUGGCUACGCUGUCUACACCCUCUAUGGAGCAGCGGUCCCCCUCUAAGACCCAGGGUGUAGCGGUGAAGGAGGAGCCUACAGGUGUCUACCCAGCAUCCCUCCACUCUGAGAUACAGCUCCUCCCCCAGCAGGCUGGGAUGGCAGCCAUCUUGGCCACGGCAGUUGUCAACAAGGACAUCUUCCCGUGUAAGGACUGUGGGAUCUGGUACCGCAGUGAGAGGAACCUCCAGGCCCACCUCAUGUACUACUGUGCCAGCCGGCAGAAGCAGCAGUCCUCCUGCUCCCCUCCACAGGACAAGCCCAAGGACUCCUACCCCAAUGAGCGUGUCUGCCCCUUCCCACAAUGUAACAAGAGCUGCCCCAGCGCCAGCUCCCUGGAGAUCCACAUGCGGACACACAGUGGUGAGCGUCCCUUUGUGUGUCUGAUCUGCCUGUCGGCCUUCACCACUAAAGCCAACUGUGAGCGUCACCUGAAGGUGCACACGGACACGCAAAACGGAGUGUGUCACGGCUGUGGCUUCAUCUCCACCACGAGGGACAUUCUCUACAGCCACCUGGUCACCAGUCACAUGGUUUGUCAGCCUGGCUCGCGCAGUGAAGUGUACUCCCCAGGUCCUGGCCUGCCCAAACUGCCUCUGUCCACAGGUUUAAGUCCAGGAGACUCUGGUGUUGUGUUGAAAUGUCAGAUAUGUGGCCACAUCACAGACUCACCCGGCCAGCUCCAGCAGCACGUUCGCACACACCUGGAGGUGAGGGUCCCGGCAGAGAGGAGCCCCUCACCCCGCCAGAGCACCCCCUCCUCAGCUGACCACCCGGAGCCCCCUGCCUGCGUACCCCACCCUGACUCCUCCAGCCCUGGGGCCAAUGGGAGCUCAGCCACCCCGCGAGGCUGCAGCCCACCUGACCACCUCCCCACAGACAUGAGGAUCAAAGAGGAGCUGCGCUCGGACUCUGAGAAUGAGGGGCAGGAGGAGGAGGACCGGGAGGGGAAGAGCCGUGGACACACAGGGGUAGGGUGCUCUCAGACCUCCACCUCCCCCAGGAGUCCCUUUGCUGUUGCCGUGAAGGCAGAGCCAACCAGCCCCACCCCUGGCUCCAGCCCUGCCCACCUGGGAGGUGCUGGCUCAGUGCUGCCUGGAGGAGCAGUGUUCCUGCCACAGUACAUCUUUAGCCCAGAGGCAGCCAUCCUGCCCCAGGCCUCAGAGAUCCUGGCCAAGAUGUCUGAGAUGGUCCACAGCCGGCUGAAGCAGGGCCAGGUGUCCCCUGGGGCAGCACCAGCCUUCUAUCCCGCAGGCACUACUGCCACUGUCCACAAGGGGGCCACCUGCUUAGAGUGUGACAUCACCUUCAACAACAUCAACAACUUCUACGUUCACAAGAAGCUCUACUGCUCCAGCAGGCACCAGCAGGGAGACGUGGCUUGCCCAGUGAAGGAGGGGGCCUCAGGGGUCACCGUCCCCUCUGUCGGACACGGUUCAUCCCCUCAGGCUGCCACAGCCUCCCACAGUGACUCAGACCCUGUUCCAGGCAGCACCGGCACAGAGGGCAAGCUGGUGGAGGUGAAAAGUGAGAACCCUGGGGUGAAGGAGGCUGUGUCCUCCUCUUCCUCUGAGGGGGAAGGUGGUGGAGGAGGACGAGGCCUGGCCAGUGAGGGCAGCCAGAGCCCCAGCUGCUCAGCAGAGGACCAGGAAGAAGACCCCACCAGGACCUUCUGUCAGGCCUGCAACAUUCACUUCAGUCGCCAUGAGAACUACACGGUCCACAAGCGCUUCUAUUGUGCCUCGCGCCACGAUCCGUCCAACCAGCGGUCAAGCGCUGGCAAAGCCACCUUCCUGCCUCAGCCCAUCCGCACGCGCAAGAGGAAGAAGAUGUAUGAGAUCCACAUGGCUCGGACUGAGGCCCUAGCCAAUGCUGCUGCUAUUGCCUUUCCCUCUGCUCCAGGGCUGUGCCUGGCUGUGAAGCAGGAGGCUGCUGCCUCAGUGGGGAAGGUCCUGGAGGCCCCUGUUCCAGCCAUGGCCUUGGGCCUGUGUCCAGCCACUUCCAGUAGCACCAGCCCUGAUGGAGAUGGCCCAAUCGACCUGAGUAAGAGGCCCCGUCUGAGGGACUCCCCACGGGGCAGCAGCAUCUCUGCUCUGCCCCUCACUGACUACCACAAGUGCACCGCCUGCAGCAUCAGCUUCAACAGCAUUGAAAACUACCUGGCCCACAAGACCUACUACUGCCCAGCCACCACCCUGCAGCCCCACACCCUGAAGACGCUCCACAGGCUGAAGAGACCAGCCUCCACUUCCCCCGAGGCCAAUGGGCUCCCCACAGAGAAUGCUCCUCAGGGGGCCUCGCCCAGCCCUCACCCCUCAGCUUUGCCUGGCUCUGAGGCAACAUCCCUUCACAGCGGCCCUGCAGCCAAAUGCCCAGGCUCUCCUCCUGUGGUCUGCCCCUACUGCCCUCCCAAUAGGGCGGUGACCUGUGACCUGGUGGAGCACUUCAGAUCCAUGCAUGGCCUGGUCUUGAACCUGGAGGGCCAGCCAGCUGUCAUCAGCCCCAGCCUGAGCCCCAGGGAUGAGACCCCAGCCACCCCGCCCAAACUGGGCCUCCAGACCCGCAGGGACAGCAUCAACAUUCGGGUCAGAAUGGACACUGUCUCCUCCUCCUCUCCCCUGGUGAACAUUAGCCCCCUGGGUCCCCAUGCUGGGGGUGGCAGCUCCCCCAAAGCAGCCCCUCCUGCUGUGUCUCCCACCAGGUCCCUCCCCCUGACUGUGUCCCCUGUGCCUGAGGUCCUGAGGGAGGUUGGGGUUAUGAACCACCAGGCUGCUGUUGCUCUGCUUCCAGACAGGGCAGCCGUCACCCUGGGUCUCCCACUCCCUGUUGCUGUCCCGGCACCUACCACACCCAAGACCCUCCUGGUCUCCCCUUUGCAGAACGGUAACAUCCGCUUCUGCCGGCUGUGCAAUAUCAAGUUCAGCAGCCUGUCCACGUUCAUUGCCCACAAAAAGUACUACUGUUCCUCCCACAGUGCUGAGCACGUCAAGUGAACAUGCCUGUCUCUGCACAGUGUCCCCUCACAGCCCAGCCCCAGCUAUUCACCUGUGUCAGUGCCACCAUGUCUGGACUGUCUGAAGUAAAUGUGACUGUUACUCACCAGGCACUGGUUAGCUGCUCGGACGCUGACGUUCCCGGUAUUGUUACUAUGGUAACUUAUUUCUUCUUAUGGGUCAAAGUUCGUAUUACACUAAGAGCGGAGAUACGCUACCUGCACACACAUUUGUGCCCACCUUCCCUUCCCCACCACCUCAAUACCUGUCCCCUAGCCCUCUCCCUCCCCUCUCACCUCCAGGGUUCACAGAAUGUUGAUAAUGGGACUUUUAGAUCCAACAUUUAAUCUCCUGAGCAAGCUUAAUUUAACUGUUUAUAUUACAAUUAUCUUGAUUUGAUUGUGAUUGUUUGAAGCAUUUCUUGCUCAUGACAACUUGCUUUUCCUGAGCCGUUGAUGCUCAUGACCUGUCAGUGAGUGGGGACAACUGUUGUCCCUCAGGGCCCUCUUGUGGAGCUGACCAUCUCCACCUUUUUAUUUCUGCCUACCUGUGCAUAGUGUAUGAUGUUUUAAAAUAAUUAUAUGGUUUUGUUUGAACACUGGCUCUUUUGUUAACUAGAAAGCAUUUUAGCUGAAUUACAGGAAUGGGUGUCACAAGGUUAUCAAUUACAGAUGAAAUAUUUGCAAAUGGAUAGAUUCGUUUUUCCAAAACCACAAUUGUAUUUUCUCUUAAUGCAAGGGAAAGCAUGGGAAAUAUUUAUCUCUGAUUUCAUGUCAACAGAAAACUACCUAGCGUCUGAAAAUAUUAGUAUUUUUUUAUUUGUAUUGGUUUCAUACUUUUCGAAGGAACUGUUUCAAUCUUGGUGUGUAAAGAUGUAGAUAUAUAAUAUCUUUCACAGUAAUCACUGGGAUGACACUGAAUCUUAUUUUCAUUAUUGUCAGCAUUUUUCUUUAAUGCUGGUGUUUUAAAUUUUGGUAGAACGAAGAUGACUGGACCUGAGUAUCAGGAUGAAGACACUUCACUUCCUGUUCCUAUAAUGCCCUAAACAACACCGCCCAUCUCCCCAUUAAACCUGACCUUUAACCCACAAACCUCCUACUGUAUGAACAUAUUACAUCCGCCAAUCUGCAGCUGCUGAUACACCACCAUCUUGCUUGAAUUAGACAUGGGAUCCGUUUAAAUCUAUGUUGAUUAAUUGACACCUGUUAGUGUGUGCUUGUUCUAUUGUGUUUUUCCGGUAAUGAAGUAAAAGAAGAAGAAAAAAUGUGAGAAGGUGUAAGAGACAGGCAAGGACAGUAGAUGUAUUUCACAGAUUGUAGAGAGACACGGUAGAUACUGUAGCUCCUAAAACUGUCAUGUUUAAAACACAAACACACAUACAGUUGAAGUCGUAUGUUUAAAUACACUUAGGUUGGAGUCAUUAAAACUAGUUUUUCAACCACUCCACAAAUUUCUU